AUAAAAGCAGCAAAUCGGUUGAGAAAUUCAUAAAGCGAGAAUACUCUUCAGUGACAAAAUGCCUAAAACCAUUUUAUUUUUCUUCGCAAUCGUUUGCAUUUCUGCAAAACCCUCAUUAGCAAAAAUACUUCCUAAGCUGGACGAUGGCAAUAGUGAUGUCACAGUACCCAACGGUAGCGAUCCCAUUCACAACCCGAGACUCCCAUUAGCCAGAAUGCUUCCUAAAUUGGACGAUGGCAAUAGUGAUGUCACAGUACCCAACGGUAGCGAUCCCAUUCACAACCCUAAACUUCCACUGGCUAAAGUGCAUGCUAAAAAAGGCAUCUCUCUUCAUUAUGCAAACCAUGCUCAUGAUUCCAAUCGCCACCAUGUGAAAACACAUGCAGCUAAAGUCUCACACGCUGAUGACUAUGGUCGACGUCAAUAAUGAUGGUAACUAAUACGAGUGCAUUAAAUAGAGCUCACAAAGGAUUUCUAGAAGUGGAAUGGUAUUUUAUUUGAGUAGCGGCUGUAAUAGGUUGUAUUUAGUUCAUUUAAAUAAAAGUCUUUAAUACUUAA